AUGCCCGGAGGGCUCCUUCUAAGGGACAUGGCCCCCAACUUCGAGGCCAAUACCACCAUCGGCCACAUCCGUUUCCACAACUUUCUGGGAGACUCAUGGGGCAUUCUGUUCUCUCAUCCACGAGACUUUACCCAGAUGUGCACCACCGAGCUUGGCAGAGCUGCAAAGCUGGCACCAGUGUUUGCCAAGAGGAAUGUUAAAAUGAUAGCCCUUUCUAUAGACAGUGUGAAAGACCAUCUUGCCUGGAGCAAGGAUUUCAACACUUACAAUGGUGAUGAGCCCACAGAAAAGUUACUUUUUCCCAUUAUUGAAGAUAAGAACUGGGACCUUGCCAUCCAGUUAGGCAUGCUGGACCCUGCAGAGAAGGAUGAAAAGGGCAUGCCUGUGACUGCUGGAGUGGUGUUCAUUUUUGGCCCUGAUAAGAAACUGAAGCUAUCUAUCCUGUACCCCACUACCACCGGCAGAAACUUUGAUGAGAUCCUCAGAGUAGUUAUAUCUCUCCAGCUGACAGCAGAGAAAAGAGUUUCUAUUCCUUUUGAUUGGAAGGAUGCGGAUAGUGUGAUGGUCCUUCCAACCAUCCCUGAAGAAGAAGCCAAAACGCUGUUCCCUAAAGGUGUCUUCACCAAAGAGCUCCCAUCUGCCAAGAAAUACCUCUGCUACACUCCCCAGCCCUAAGUCUGCCCAGCAG